GGCAACUUUCAACAAACAGAGGCUACCACUGCCGUCGUGGUCCCGCGGUCCCCGAUCUGCGGGGCCCAGGCGGCCGGAUAGCCCCGGCUCUGUUUGGCACUCCUCUCUUCUCCUCCGGCUUCCCCGCGCGCAGUGCACGAGACACCAGCCGCCCCGUGCACCGCCACGCAGCCCUACCCACGCUUCCACACCACUCCACUCCGCUACUUUUCCAACCGCAGCCCACGCGAAUCCCGACGCCGCCGCUUCGAGCUCCCCCAUUUCUUAUGGCGUGUUCGUCGGCGGCGGGUGCCGAGGCGACCGCCCUCCUGUUCCGCCACCCCGCCCCGUCUUCAAUCGCCGGGCGUCGCCGCCUCGCCGUGCCCCGCCGGACUCGCCACCAAAACCUCAGGAUUAGCGUGCAACCUCCUCAGAAGAGUACGCCUAGUGCUAACCACCGUAAGAGGCCUAAUAUCCAGAGAGAUGUAGCAGCAGCUUCCAGUGACAAAGAACGCCGGCAGAAGUUUGAAGGUGAAAAUGGCCUACCAAACAUUCAACUGGAAGAUUUGGUAGGAAUGAUACAGAGUACCGAGAAGAAUAUAUUGCUUCUGAAUCAAGCUCGUCUUCAGACAUUGGAACGUGCUGACAAAAUUCUUAAAGAGAAGGAAGCAUUGCAGCGGAAGAUAACCAUUUUAGAGAUGAAGUUGUCUGAAACAGGUGCACAACCCAAGCUUUCGAAGUCUGAUACAGAGAUUAGUGACUCUCCUCUUGUUAUGGAGUUUGAUGCCCUAAAAGAAGAGAAUAUGCUACUGAAGGACGACAUUGAAUUUCUUAAAACAAACCUUGUUGAGAUCGCUGAGACAGAGGAGAGUCUAUCCAAGUUGGAGAAAGAGCGUGCUCUUUUAGAUGCUUCCCUUAGGGAGCUGGAGUGUAGCUUCAUAGCUGCACAAUCUGAUAUGUUGAAACUUGGUCCUCAGCAGCACGAUGCAUGGUGGGAGAAAGUAGAAAAUCUGGAAGAAUUGCUUGAGUCCACAGCAAACCAAGUCAAGCAUGCUGCUAUGGUUCUGGACCUCAAUCAUGAUUUCCAGGAUAAGGUUGAGAAACUAAAAGCAUCAUUGGCAGCAGCAAACAUAUCAAAGUUCUGUCUCUAUUUUGUUGAUCUUUUGCAGCAAAGGGUAAAAUCAGUAGAAGAGUGCUUCCAAGCAUGUAAUCAUGAAAUGCAUUCUCAAAUUGAACUGUAUGAACACUCAAUAGUGGAGUUUCAUGAAACCCUGGGCAAAAUAAUAAAGGAAAGUGAGAAAAGAUCACUGGAGCAUUAUGCAGAAGGUAUGCCAUCUGAAUUCUGGAGUAGAAUCUCUCUUCUGAUUGAUGGGUGGUCCCUUGAGAAGAAAAUAUCCCACAACAAUGCAAAUAUGUUAAGAGAAAUGGCUUGGAAAAGGGAUAAUCGUCUUCGUGAAGCAUACUUGUCGUGCAGAGGUAUGGAAGAGAGGAAAUUGAUGGAAAAUUUUCUAAAGAUGGCACUACCAGGAACCAGUUCUGGUUUGCACAUUGUCCACAUAGCAGCAGAGAUGGCUCCUGUUGCAAAGGUUGGCGGUCUGGCAGAUGUGAUAUCUGGCCUUGGCAAGGCACUUCAGAAAAAAGGGCAUCUAGUAGAGAUUAUUCUUCCCAAAUAUGACUGCAUGCAGCAUAACCAAAUUAACAAUCUUAAGGUUCUAGAUGUUGUGGUACAGUCCUACUUUGAGGGAAAUCUGUUUGGCAACAAGAUAUGGACUGGGACUGUUGAAGGCCUUCCUGUCUACUUCAUUGAACCACAGCAUCCAGCCAAAUUCUUCUGGAGAGCACAAUACUAUGGAGAGCAUGAUGACUUCAAACGUUUUUCCUACUUUAGUCGAGUGGCACUGGAAUUACUUCACCAAUCUGGCAAGAAAGUUGACAUAAUCCACUGUCAUGACUGGCAGACUGCAUUUGUUGCACCUCUUUAUUGGGAUGUCUACGCAAAUCUGGGCUUCAACUCAGCUAGAAUUUGUUUUACCUGUCACAAUUUUGAAUAUCAAGGAGUUGCUCCGGCGCAGGAUUUAGCAUACUGUGGCCUUGAUGUUGAACACCUGGAUAGACCAGACAGAAUGCGGGAUAAUUCACAUGGUAGAAUAAAUGUUGUUAAGGGUGCAAUUGUGUAUUCCAACAUUGUCACAACUGUAUCACCAACAUAUGCUCAAGAGGUGCGCUCUGAGGGUGGGCACGGGCUCCAGGAUACACUUAAAGUACAUUCCAAGAAAUUUGUUGGAAUACUUAAUGCAAUAGACACGGAUACAUGGAAUCCUUCUAGAGAUAGGUUUCUCAAGGUUCAAUAUAGUGCUAAUGAUCUACAUGGAAAGUCAGGAAACAAAGCAGCUCUCAGAAAGCAGCUAAAACUGUCUUCUGCAUAUGCUUCCCAACCACUAGUUGGUUGCAUUACAAGGCUAGUUCCUCAAAAGGGUGUACAUCUCAUUAGGCAUGCGAUAUACAAAACAGCCGAGUUAGGCGGACAGUUUGUUCUUCUGGGUUCAAGUCCAGUACCUCAUAUUCAAAGGGAGUUCGAGGGUAUUGCAGACCAUUUUCAGAACAACAGCAAUAUCCGGCUGAUUCUGAAGUAUGAUGAUGCUUUGUCACAUAUGAUUUUUGCAGCAUCGGACAUGUUCAUUGUUCCUUCCAUGUUUGAGCCAUGUGGCCUCACUCAGAUGAUAGCCAUGCGAUAUGGUUCUGUACCAGUCGUUCGAAAAACUGGUGGUUUGAAUGACAGUGUUUUUGACUUUGACGAUGAAACAAUACCUGUGGAACUGCGAAAUGGCUUUACAUUUGUGAAGGCUGAUGAGCAGGGUUUUGAUAGUGCAAUAGAGCGAGCUUUCAACUACUACCACAGGAAACCUGAAGUCUGGAAACAGUUAGUACAAAAGGACAUGAGGAUAGAUUUCAGUUGGGACUCUUCGGCUUCACAAUAUGAAGAUAUCUAUCAAAGAGCAGCUGUUCGAGCAAGGGCGGCAGCGUAAACGUAGACAGUUUCCUGACGCCUCCAUGAACUCUCUCGAAUGCUGUUCCUUGUCGUAUGGUAACUAUGGUUCUACCAGCUCUGAAUUAGCAUCGCUACUCGGGCCUGCAAGCGGCGACAUGGCGUUAAUUGCAGUUCCCAACGGAGCAAAGCGAUAAAAGAAAAUACAGAACGGAUGUGUCAGAACCACACAUGAGAUCAGGAUGUUUCGUGAUGCAGCUACUGUGGGAUGCAUAAUCUCUGGCACUUGGUCCCCAUGAAUACUCAGUGCCGCUGCGCCAGUGCGGACGAAUUACCGGUUACUAUACGUUAUUGUUCAGCUCUGUCAGGCUGUGAAGUGAGAUUAUAUAGUCCAUGUAAUGUGGUUUGCAUAAACUGGUGUAAAUUGUACCCCUUAUCUGUGCAAAGUCUGCUGUUUUAAACAUGUAUCUUCCGUCGUUAAGACGAGAGAAGAAGGGUAUGCAGAACUGUACUCUUUUACA